AUGACGAAUAUUGCUAUUGCACCAGCUGUGGCUCCAAGCCCUCAACAGGACAGACCCAUGAGUCCCCGGAAACCUCUCCCACAGUCUCUCAUUAAAGGUGCGCAGAUCCCAGACUGGGUACCAUUUGAUGCAGAAAAACAUGCCAAUUUCAAGUUUCCUCAACGGAUAAUCACCAUGAAGGAUAUCGGAUUGGAGGGUGUGGGCAUCACGUCCACGGCCAUCUCGGAGCCGUUGACACUUUUCACUAUAGAGGCAAUUAGGCAGAUGAGGGCCGAGAUAUUCAGCCGGCAAGUACUAGAGAAGUAUCAGGUUGGUUCAGACUUAGCAACCAAUAUGAUCCGAGGUUAUUGCCCAGAGAAGUCUUCAUUUAUAUAUGACGCCUGGAACAGCCCAGCAGUUUUGGGAGCACUCUCUAAUAUAGCUGGAAUCGAGCUGGUUCCUGCUAUGGAUGUAGAUAUUGGACAUGUCAAUAUCUCAGUUCGUGAUGACGCUGCAACUACCAGCGCACCCGACAGCGAUGCAGAUGAUAAAGUUGCUUUUGAGUGGCAUUCUGACAGCUACACAUUCGUAUGUGUCACCAUGCUGUCAGAUUGCGCCGGGAUGAUCGGUGGCGAGACGGUUAUCCGGACAGGCACUGGCAAAGGCACGGCUGUCAUUAUGCAAGGUCGUUAUAUCGAGCAUCAAGCUCUCAAAGCCUUUGGCGGCCGGGAACGUAUCAGCAUGGUCACAUCUCUAAGACCUAAAUCGCCCUUUGUUCGCGAUGAGACAAGUAUCAGACCCCUGUUGCCUAUAACUCCCAGGAAUACGCUUUACUAUCAGUAUGUGGAGUAUCGGCUGGAGAACCUGGAGGAGCGAGUGCGUCAUCUGUUGAAGGUAAUACGGCAGCAAAAGAAGGCAAAUCGUGACUUUGACGUUGCCUCGGCACGCAAGUUUCUGUUAGAAGAACGGGACUUCAUUGAUGCUAUGUUAGAGGAGCUGGAGGAUUCGUAA